GGCGCUUGGCUCGCGGGUUAAAUCUCGGGAGUGAGGAGCGCGCGGCGGAGAUUCAGAUUCUCCAGCAGCUGCAGGAUGCCCGGGCACGCGCCCCAACGGAUCAGCGCAUGCGCCACAUCAAAGACAGCGAGCUCCGAGCACAGGAAGCCCUCUAAACCAAUCAUGGAGAAGCGGCGGCGCGCGCGCAUCAACCGCAGCCUCGUGCAGCUGAAGGCGCUGAUCCUACACGCGCUGCACGCGGACGUCUCGCGCCACUCUAAACUGGAGAAGGCGGAGAUUCUGGAGAUGACCGUGACUCACCUGAGGAGCGUGCAGCGCGCGCAGGCGGCAGUGUCCCUCUCCGUGCAGCAGCGAGCGUUGGGCAGGUACAGUGCCGGGUUCAGCGCCUGCAUGACCGAGGUCACUCGCUUUAUGUCCACCUGUGAAGGAGUGAGUCGUGAGCUCCGGACUCACCUGCUAGCGCACCUGGCCAGGUGUGUGACAAUGACUCCGCCCCCACAACACGUACUGCAUAUCUCACAGCUGGGCGACGCCCCUCCAAAAACACGACCGUUCUUCUCGGCGCCGGGAACGUCGUCACUGUGCAGCGGAAACUUCCGACCCGUAGAUCGCGGACGCCCAUCCACAUUAACCGGCCCAACGAUACCAGAACCUUCCGGAACCGGCGUGUGGAGGCCGUGGUGAAACCAGAGACACUAACGCUAACCUAGAACCUCCACUGAGGAACUGAGGAACCUGCGGAGGAACCUGGGUCAGAUCAGAGACUUUCAGAAUCCUGAAAAAAGACUUUUAUUAUGAAUAUUAUAAAAGAAGAGUUCUGUACAGAACCGAGAGAACUCAACCACAGGGGCGUGAAUUAUUACAUAGUUAUAUUUUUGUCUUUUAGGAAGUGGUUUAAAAUGUAUUUUUCUAUAAAAUAUUUUUAUAAAACAAUACAAAAGUGUGGAUACACUGAAUUACCGUUGUUUUAAAACACAAGUCAAAAAAAUGUCGCGUAUUCAGGACUUGGUCUUGUUUUCAGGCCUCAGUUUGGUUUCAAUUCUUCCAAAAUGUAAGAAUUCAGGUUGUUUUUUUAUGUUGUUCUCACAGUUGUAAAUGUAAUCCCUCUAUUUACUCCUAGAAUUCAAGAAGAACCAUGAACUGUGUACUACUAUAGAACCUAAAAGAUCUUUAUAGAUCUGUAACAGGGUGGUAUUUUACUGUUAUCAGAUUAAAAUACUGUACAAAAACAUAAAAAAAACAGAUCGUACUGAAGAAGUGUUACCGGGUUACAGGGUGUUUGAGGAUCAGCAGGAUGUAAUUUCUGCACGGAUCUAAAACCGUAAACAUUUUGCACUAAAUAUGUGCCUAAACUUUUUUUAUGCUUCACUAACUGAGAGUAGAAAUGUACAGAAAGUAAAUAAAGAAUAAUUUUAUAAA